UUCCUAGAAGUAAUCUGUAAUUUCUAAGUAAUUUUACAAACAUUUACAAUCUACGAAAAGUCGAAAACCAAUGUGGCGUCAAGGGGUUAGGGCCGCUUGUGUACGUGUAGUAACCCACUAAAAUCCCGGUUUUCGGAAGAAAUGAGCUCCAGAAGGUGGUUCUGGCCGACGAUAAGCGGCAUUGAGGCCGAGAGGGUCCUGAUGGAAAGGGGCGUCGAUUCCAGCUUCCUGGCCAGACCUAGUUCCUCUGUUCCUGGAGAUUUUACUUUGUCUGUCAAGCGUAAUGGGGAAGUCACCCACAUUAAAAUUCAAAACUCCGGGGACUUUUACGACUUAUAUGGUGGUGAAAAGUUCGCCACGCUCUCUGAACUGGUGCAGUACUAUAUGGAGAAACAGGGACAGCUAAGGGAGAAAAACGGUGACGUCAUCGAGCUGAAAUAUCCAUUAAAUUGUGACGGACCUACUACUGAAAGGUGGUUUCAUGGACACUUAUCCGGUAGAGAAGCCGAAAAAUUAAUCCUAGACCGUGGCAAAAACGGCAGCUUUUUAGUCAGAGAGAGCCAAUCAAAACCGGGCGAUUUCGUACUGUCAGUGAGGACGGACGAUAAAGUCACCCACGUCAUGAUCAGAUGCACUACAGACAACAAAUACGACGUGGGUGGUGGUGAAAAGUUCAAUACGUUAGCCGACUUAAUCGAGCAUUACAAGAAAAACCCAAUGGUGGAAACCUCCGGCACGGUGGUCCAUUUGAAACAACCGUUCAAUGCGACCAGGAUAAACGCCUCCGGAAUCCAUUCCAGAGUGAAACAAUUACAGUCCGAAAAUGGUCCAAAUAGCUUUGGAAAGGCCGGGUUUUGGGAGGAAUUCGAGAGCCUACAGCAGCAGGAGUUUAAGCAUUUAUAUUCAAGGAAAGAGGGCAGCAAACCAGAAAACAGAAAUAAAAAUCGAUAUAAAAAUAUAUUACCAUUCGAUGACACUCGGGUAAAACUAAAAAACGUCGAUCAAUCCGGCUCGGAUUACAUCAACGCGAACUACAUUCAAUGGAAAUGUGACGAUCCGAUUAACCAAAGCGGGGAUUCCGGGGCAGAGGGAAAAACUUAUAUCGCGACGCAGGGGUGUCUACCCUCGACCAUACCGGACUUUUGGCAAAUGGUAUGGCAGGAAAACUGUCGCGUCAUCGUUAUGACCACCAAGGAAACCGAGAGACUUAAGAAUAAGUGCGCGAGAUACUGGCCAGAAGAACAUUGCACCAAGGAAUACGGAAAAAUUACCGUAAAAAAUCUGAUGGAAUCUUCGACACAGCACUAUACCUUACGUGAAUUCUCCGUUACCCAAGAAGGAUGCAGUGACGAACGAAAAGUGUAUCACUACCAUUUCACCGCGUGGCCGGAUCACGGGGUACCAUCAGACCCCGGAUGCGUUCUCAAUUUUCUGCACGAGGUAAACAAACGCCAAGAGGAACUCCAAAAAGAUCUGGAACAACCUCCCGGGGCGAUUUUAGUCCAUUGUUCCGCCGGUAUUGGUCGUACCGGUACCUUCAUAGUGAUCGAUAUGAUUCUGGAUCAGCUGAAAAAGUACGGGUUAGAUUGCGAAAUCGACAUUCAAAGGACAAUUCAGAUGGUGAGGGCGCAGCGGUCCGGCAUGGUACAAACGGAGGCGCAGUAUAAAUUUGUUUAUUUGGCGGUUCAGCACCACAUUGAAACGAUUACGGAGAGAAUGAAAGCCGAACAAAAAUCCAUGCAAACGGGUCGGGAAUACACGAACAUUCGUUACAGUAGCACCGAUAUCAGCAACACAGGUUCGCUAACUCGACCUGCUAGCCUCGCUUACUUUCCCACCUCGCCCGCCCCUGUUGUUUUGCGGGGGGAAUGUAAACGGCCGCCCCAAAGGGCAGUAUCCGAACUGCCGCCCGCCCUUCCCAGGCUUAUCUUAGAUAUUCAGUGUAGCGUCUAGUCUAGUUAAUCACCGUUCCUGCCCCUCCCUCGCCCUUGGCCCCCAGAAGAGCUACUUAAGCCGACCCUGUACGAAAAUGUGACCGGCCAAUCGGGUGGCGGCACCUCCUGCCUCGCCCCGCCCCCUCCACCACGGAAAACGUGACGUCACAGCUUCUUUUAAAAAAUUAUACCUCGGGGGCACUCGGUUAAUAACACUGCUGGGCCGCACUGUAUAUGGAAGAGAGAAAAAGACGUUUUUUUUUUAAUUUUUUGAAUGUUGGUGCUGCUGGUUUAUAUUAGCGAAUAGACCACCCCCUAUAUAGACUGAUUAAAAGUUUAAUGUUUUACGAGAUUAUUGUCAUGGGUUUACUUGUUGUCCUCUUUGAGCAUCCCCUCGUAUAGAAUCGACAAUAACGGUAUGUGUCACCCUGUUUAUUAUAUAUUGUGAAUAUUAAAGCUUUUCGGGAUGUUUUUCAUGCAUCUUUUGUAUGUUUAAGUAUAAAAAUGAAAAAGGGAAAAAGACAACUCUUUAUUUACUUUCCGGAAAGAGCUUAUAAAUUUAAAUAGGUACAUACGAAAAUUUAUAUUUGUAAUUUUUGGUGAUAACUUUUCACAUUAAACAAAAGAAAAAUGUGAUAUUUACGUGAUGAUUUCGUUCAGUAGUUCGUAAUGUUAUUGUAAUCUGUAUUUAAUACCGAAAUUGUCAGUCUAAAUGUGUUAUAAUAAGAAAAAAUGUAAUAAUUAUUUCGUUAAAUAUAUGUUUAAUUGAAUUAUAUAUUAA